GGUGAAAACGGCCGACUGGCCAAGCGGAGUUAUGGUCUUUCCAAAACCGGAGACCCUCCCUCCAAUCCUGCAUCAGGACUUCUAGUCUUCUCCCACAACCUGUUGCUGGUGACAGGAGACUUGUAGCUGUCCUUAUCUGGAGGCUUUGAAGAACAACAAAAACGUACACUACAUCAUGUCAGAGAUAUUAGAUCUCUCUUUUCUAUCUGAGAUAGAAAGAGAUUUGAUUCUCAACGUCCUGCAGCGAGAUGAGGAGCUCAGGAAAGCAGAUGAGAAAAGGAUUAGGAGACUGAAGAAUGAACUACUGGAGAUAAAAAGAAAAGGGGCCAAGAGAGGCAGUCAACACUACAGUGAUCGGACCUGUGCCCGGUGCCAGGAAGGCUUGGGCCGUUUGACUCCCAAGACCAACACUUGUUGGGGUUGUAAUCACCUGGUGUGUCGGGAGUGCCGCAUCCAGGACAGCAAUGGUUCCUGGAGAUGCAAGGUGUGCUCCAAGGAAAUAGAGCUGAAGAAAGCAACUGGAGAUUGGUUUUAUGACCAGAAGGUGAAUCGUUUUGCUUAUCGCACAGGCAGUGAGAUAAUCAGGAUGUCUCUGCGCCGCAAGCCUGCAGUGAAUAAAAGAGAGACAGUGGGACAGUCCCUCCUUCAUCAGACCCAGAUGGGAGAUGUUUGGCCAGGAAGAAAGAUUAUUCAGGAGCAACAGAAGGAGCCCAGUGUGCCAUUCGAAGUGCCAAAGCUGAAAAGUGGAAAGAGUGCACUGGAGGCUGAGAGCGAGAGUCUGGAUAGCUACACAGCUGACUCAGAUAGCACUUCCAGGAGAGAUUCUCUGGAUAAAUCUGGACUUUUCCCAGAAUGGAAAAAGAUGUCUGUUCCCAAAUAUCAAGUAGAAAAGGAAAUUCAGCCAGGAAGUCAAAAUGCAAUAUCUGUUGAUGAGAGUGAAAUGUUAUUCAAGAAGAACACUAGAAAAAUCCACAGGCCCUCAGAAUACACUAAAUCUGUGAUUGAUCUUCGCCCUGAAGAUACGGGGCAUGAAAGUGGCUCCUUGGGAGACAGAAGCAGAUCUGUCCCAGGCCUCAGUGUGGAUAUGGAAGUGGAAGAAGAAGAGGAAGAAGAAGAGGAAGAAGACAUUGAUCACCUGGUGAAAUUGCAUCGCCAGAAAUUAGCCAGAAGCAGCAUGCAAAGUGGCUCCUCCAUGAGUACUAUUGGCAGCAUGAUGAGCAUCUAUAGUGAAGCUGGCGAUUUCGGGAAUAUUUCUGUGACAGGCAAGAUUGUCUUUUCCCUGAAGUUUGAGCAGCCAACACAAACUCUGGUCAUCCAUGUGAAGGAGUGUCACCAGCUAGCCUAUGCUGAUGAAGCUAAGAAACGUUCUAACCCAUAUGUGAAGACUUAUCUUCUCCCUGACAAGUCCCGCCAAGGUAAAAGGAAAACCAGCAUUAAACGGGAUACCAUCAAUCCACUAUAUGAUGAGAUCUUUAGGUAUGAGGUUCCAGAAUCUCUCCUGGCCCAGAGGACGUUGCAGUUUUCAGUUUGGCAUCAUGGUCGUUUUGGCAGAAACACUUUCCUUGGCGAGGCAGAGGUCCAGAUGGAUUCCUGGAAGCUUGAAAAGAAACUGGAUCAUUGCCUCCCUUUACAUGGAAAGGUCAGUGCCGAGUUUCUGACUGGCUUGCCAUCACACAAAGGCGAGUUGGUGGUCUCACUGAAAUAUAUCCCACCCUCCAAACUCCCCACCAGAGGUGACCGGAAAAAGAGUAAAGGUAGAGAUGGAGGAGAACUGCAGGUGUGGAUCAAAGAAGCCAAGAAUCUGACAGCUGCCAAAUCAGGAGGUACUUCAGACAGCUUUGUCAAGGGAUACCUCCUUCCCAUGAGGAACAAGGCCAGUAAGCGUAAAACUCCUGUGAUGAAGAAGACCCUGAAUCCUCACUACAACCACACAUUUGUCUAUAAUGCUGUGAGGCUGGAAGAUCUACAGCACAUGUGCCUCGAACUGACUGUGUGGGAUCGCGAGCCCUUGGCCAGCAAUGACUUCCUUGGAGGAGUCAGGCUGGGUGUUGGCACUGGGAUCAGUAAUGGGGAAGUGGUGGACUGGAUGGAUUCGACUGGGGAAGAAGUGAGCCUGUGGCAGAAGAUGCGACAGUACCCAGGGUCUUGGGCAGAAGGGACUCUGCAGCUCCGUUCCUCGAUGGCCAAACAGAAACUUGGUAUAUGAGUCCCUCUCAUCCUCUGCACGUCCAGCCCUAGCCAGGGCAAGUCAGAGGAAGUGAGGGAACCAAGGGCAAAGAUUUUUAAUUUAAUAUGUGGGGUGUGUGUGUGUGUGUGUGUGUGUGUGUGUGUGUGUGUGUGCGCGCGCACACAUACAAGCAUGUAUUCCUGCAAAUUUUAUAUUGCUAGGUAGAGUGGUGGAGACUUGUUCCCCCUUUGAAAGUAGGUUCUAGUAUAAGUAAGGGCCUCUUCAAUAUAUUUUUAUUUGUAUAUAACCUACUACAUUUUCAGAAUUCAUUCUCUCCUGUGUCUUUGUGAGCUUUAAUCAACUUUGAAGGAAAAAUUUUUAAAACAACAUUUCUCCUCUUUCCUUGCUAUCCUUGUUCUUACUUCUUGAGGAAGCCCCUGCAACUUUUGGCUUUAGUUCUAGCUUGUGGUUCAAGGUAUGCCUGAUCUUGGACCAAGGCUCUGGGAAGCAGGGUUGGGUUGCUACAGGUAGAGGGGAGGUUAUAGAAGAGAGAUAAGUAGGUCCUGUCUUUGGCUCCAAUUUACACUUUUAACUCAUCUUCUACCUUGAUACAUUUUUGGCUUUUCUUUUUCUUUUUUUUUUUUUAAGCAGUUUCCACUUUGCUUAAGUAUAAUCAUUUUCUUUGAAAUGCUAAGAAAGUCUCUAGCUUCUGCCAGUACUAGACCUUUGGGAAACCCUUAUAAUGGAGUCACUUUAGAACAGCUCUCUAGUCAGAUGAUGGCUUUCUGACUGAAUCACAAAUGUGCCCAGUGAGACCUUCUACUGAUCCCAGAGGACUUAAGUGAUGGAAGCUAACGUACCUCACAGCCCAUCCUGAAUUCGGUGCGUUUUAAAUGCAUACAGCAGUUGUUGGAGGGAGAACUCCUUAUUUCAAUAAUAAAAGAUGAGACACUUUUCAGGCUCAGGCACUACAUCCUUCCCUGUGUCAGGCUGUGUAAUCAAACAGAAUAUGGUUUCCUACCUACCUUGGUGUCAGCCAGAAGAGCCUAAUUAUCACCCUAGACUAGAAACUAUUAUUGCUCUAGUUGAAUGGAAACAGACAGUCUCCCAGCUAGUCUGACAUCCUACCUGAUAAUGUUUUCAAUUCCCAUUUUCUGAUGUUUCCUGACCUUCACCUACAUGCAACCUGGGAAUGGUGUGUUAUGUUCAAGCAUUUCAGAAAAAUGUCUGAUGAGCCAACCUUCGUGUCCAUGCUACUCUCUCUUUCAAACUAAUCAUUUUAUCCUUAAAAGGGUUUCUAUACAGAGUGGUAUGUGGAAGGAGCCUAUUUCCGAGAAGAAAUUUUCAAAUAGAGCCAGCUGCUAGUUGACUUUUCUACAAGCCUAGUACACUGAGGGCAGCUAGUGUGGUUUCUGCUACAUGUGUGAACUGAAUGGAAGAAUGAUCUUAAAAGAUUUAUUUGCUGUGGAUUGGUACUGUAAUGGGAAGUAUCACUUGAAAUCCUGGGUUUUAAGUUGCUCUUUUGCUUUCUACCCCUUGACAUGUGUGCUUCAAUAAAGCUUUCUCAUUUGCAAA